AUGGCGAAAUCUCAGGAACCGAUUAUUACACCGUAUAGCGGUUCGGAGGAGAAUGAGUCGAACGCGGAAACUAGCUCGACCUCGCAGGUCUCGGAGCGAUAUAUUCUCCAAGACAGACAGAUUGGUGUUUUUGGAGCGAUUUCGUUGAUCGUCAAUAAAAUCGUCGGUGCUGGUAUCUUCUCAACACCCUCCUCAAUUUUCAAACUAGCCGGCAGCCCUGGAAUGGCCCUUGUCCUCUGGGUCAUCGCCGGCGCCAUAGCAACAUGUGGCUCAAUGGUGAUGCUAGAAUUUGGCUCUGGUAUUCCGCGCUCCGGUGGGAUUAAGAUAUAUCUGGAACGGUCGUUUUCGCCAACGCUGCUUUGGACUUGUGUUUAUCUCUUCUACUGUGUUUUUCUUCAGGUCUCCGCAAGCAACGCCAUAACAUCAGCAAGUUACCUCCUCCAGGCCGCAGGCACAGAAACAACGACUUGGAAUCUCCGCGGCUUAGCUAUCGCAGCCACAGCCUUCGCAGUGGGCAUCCACACCGUUACACCACGCGUCGGACGGUGGUUACAAGACCUCCUCAGCGCGGUGAAACUGUUCAUCUUGGCCUUUAUCGUGUGCACUGGCUUUGCAGCACUUGGAGGGCAUUUGCGGAUUCCUAGGACGGGGAAUUUGGACAUAAGCACUUCGUUUAAGGGGACGUCGAGAAGUGGGUAUAAUAUCGGGACUGCGUUGUUGAAUGCUUUUUUUUCGUUUGGGGGGUAUGAUAAUUUGAAUAUGGUACUGUCAGAAGUCAAAAACCCAAACCGUUCUCUGCGCAUCGCUCUACCCACUGCCAUGGGCAGUAUCACCGUUCUCUAUCUGCUGGCUAAUAUCGCCUACUUCGCCGGCGUUUCAAGAGAAGGAUUCCUCUCCUCAGACCUCACCAUUGCCGCCUCACUGUUCCAAAACGUCUAUGGUGAAUCCGCAGGAACAAAGGCUCUUCCUGCACUAAUCGCCAUCUCAGCUAUUGGUCAUUUACUUGGUAUAGCGUUUACAGUCCCGAGGGUAAUCCAAGAACUCGCCAAAGACGGCAUAACCCCCUUCCCAACGCUCUUCAUGCAAAACCGGCCCUUCAAGACCCCCAUCUGGGGCCUCCUCAUCCACUUCGGCAUAACAGUGCUGUUCAUCUGUGCGCCUCCCGCGGGCGAUGCAUUUGAUUUCGUGGUCAAUCUUACGACGUACCCCGGUAUUUUCCUUUUGACGCUUGUCGGGAUCGGACUUAUUAAGUUGAGGUUUGAUAAGAAGGAAAAGUGGAAUGAGGAGGGCGGGUUUAGGGUUCCGUGGGCUGUGUUGGGGUUUUAUCUUGUUGGGAAUCUUUUUGUUCUGGUCAUGCCGUUUGUCCCACCGGAUGGUGGCAAGGGGAGCACGAGUCUCCCGUAUUGGCUAUCGCCAGUCGUUGCGUUGAGUAUCCUCGCGCUGGGCGUGGUGUACUAUGCUCUCCGAUUUGUGGUGUUCCCCUGGGUAUUCGGGUACAGACUGGAAUUGAUAGAGGUCGGGUUGAGCGAUGGAUCGCGGGUGUCGCGGUACAAGAUUAAGAAGAAUGGUUGA